GGUGCUAGCUGACAGGUGAGGCCGCCAUUGCUCCGCGCUGUGCGGCGUUGUGCUCUCUCCUCUCGUCCCACUUUCGUGCCGCUUCUCCCCUGCUCCCCUUCCCCUGCUCCCGCUUUAUAUCUAGGCCAGAUAGAGUGCCCAUCCUCUGGCAUGGUGUUGCUCAGCUUUGCCGCUGACAUCCUGAGGAAUUCUGUGCUGCAAGGUGUCUGUGUUGGGUAGUUAUUUCUGAUUGCCGCUCCCAGUUAAGAGGGGGACAUGGCUGUAAGAGCUUGUGGCUUGAUAAUCUACAGAAGACUGCAGCCAUCACCAUCUUCUAAGGCUGCUGACAGUAUUGAAUACCUCCUCCUCCAGACAUCCUAUGGGACCCAUCACUGGACCCCCCCAAAAGGCCAUGUGGAUCCAGGAGAGGAUGACUUGCAGACAGCCUUCAGGGAGACACAGGAAGAGGCAGGUCUUCAGGCCAGUCAGCUCACUCUUGUAGAAGGGUACAGGAAAGAACUGCAAUAUCCUGUCCAUGGCAAACCCAAGACUGUUGUUUACUGGCUGGCAGAGGUGAAGGAUUGUAACACAGAAAUUAAGCUCUCUGAGGAGCACCAGGCUUUCCGCUGGCUGAAGCUGGAGGAUGCUUGCAGAUUUGCAGAAUAUGAGGAUAUGCAAGCAACGCUGAAAGAUGCACAUCAGUUUCUCAGCUCCAAGAAGUAAGUGCUUUUUGUGAAGAACAAGAAGAAUUUUUGGAGAAGCAGCCUAAUUUUUUUUUAAAAAAAAAGCACUUAAUUUUAUUUUUUUGCCAGAAGAAAUACAAUAUGACUGCAGAAAUAUACUUUCUUUUUGUUAAUCUCUACAAACUCAGUGAUGAUACUUGUAGCUUUUAAAGAACUUAUGCUUUUGUCUCCCAUAGCUAAUGUAAAAGCAGUGUGAUUUGGCUGAAUUGUAAGCCAGAGAUGUCCAAGUUGAAACCAUGAGCUAACAAAGUCUCUCUGUGUUCCUCUCUCUAUUUUUUUUUCUUAAAGUGCUGAAUAAUUGUCUAUUUUUGUAAGUCAAACACUUGGUGUUUCUUGACUUGCUGAUGUAAAUCUGUAGUUUUGUAAAAAUGAGCAUAUGGGGAUUUUUUAAUUGCAAAAUAUGUACUGCAGAAGUUAAAUCUUGCAUUUCAAAUAGGGCAGCAGUAGUUCUGUUCCAAACUCCUCUGCUGAUGUGCUGUAAUAACUUGUCAAAUCAUUUCAAGUCUUGUUUGUGUCAUGCAUUUUUGUACAUAAUAUUCUGUUAUGAAAAUAGCUGCUAUCCAAGGAGUCUCAGUAAACUGUUGACAUACAGUAUUUAAAUAGUAAA